AUGGACACCCCGGGCUAUCCCUCACCGGCACCCGCCACCCUGGAGCCUGGCAACACCUCUACUUCUUCAGCUUGGCCUCCUGCUGCCACCCUGGGAAAUGCAUCAGUGGUGGGCUCGAGCCUGGCGGGGCUGGCGCUCAGCGGCGUUCUCAUCCCCCUGGUGUACUUGGUGGUGUGCGUGGUGGGCCUGCUGGGCAACUCCCUGGUCAUCUACGUGGGUCUGCGGUACACAGCCAGCCCCUCGGUCACCAACGUCUACAUCCUCAACCUGGCCUUGGCUGAUGAGCUCUUCAUGCUGGGACUGCCCUUCCUGGCCGCCCAGAACGCCCUGUCCUACUGGCCCUUUGGCUCCCUCAUGUGCCGCCUGGUCAUGGCGGUGGAUGGAAUCAACCAGUUCACCAGCAUCUUCUGCCUCACGGUCAUGAGUGUUGACCGCUACCUGGCCGUGGUGCACCCCACGCGCUCUGCCCGCUGGCGCACGGCGCCCGUGGCCCGUGCUGUGAGCGCGGCCGUGUGGGUGGCCUCUGCCGUGGUGGUGCUGCCCGUGGUGGUCUUCUCAGGUGUGCCCCGAGGCAUGAGCACCUGCCAUAUGCAAUGGCCCGAGCCGGUGGCCGUCUGGCGAGCUGGCUUCAUCAUCUACACUGCGGCUCUGGGCUUCUUUGGGCCGCUGCUGGUCAUCUGUCUGUGCUACCUGCUCAUCGUGGUCAAGGUGCGCUCGGCCGGGCGGCGGGUGCGCGCACCCACGUGCCAGCAGGCGCAGGUGGCCUCGUGCCCACGGCGGCGGAGCUCUGAGCGCAGGGUCACACGCAUGGUGGUGGCCGUGGUGGCGCUUUUCGUCCUAUGCUGGAUGCCCUUCUAUGUACUCAACAUCGUCAACGAGCUGUGCCCGCUGCCCGAGGAGCCGGCCUUCUUUGGCCUCUACUUCCUGGUGGUGGCGCUACCUUACGCUAACAGCUGUGCCAACCCCAUCCUUUAUGGUUUCCUCUCCUACCGCUUCAAGCAGGGCUUCCGCAGGGUCCUGCUGCGCCCUUCCCGGCGUGUGCGCAGCCAGGAGCCCGCCGUGGGGCCUCCGGAGAAGACGGAGGAGGAGGAGGACUACGAGGAGGAAGAGGAUGGGGCGGCGGUGAAGAGGAAGGAGGUGAACGGCCGGCUCAGCCAGGUCACACAGCCUGCCACCAGCGGGCAGGCGCGACCGCACAGCGCCGGGACCAGCAAGGAGCAGAAGUUCCUCCCGCAAGAACCCCCAGCUGGGGAGAAGCCCAGCCCACGGCACAGCAGCUAUCUGUAG